AUGGCGGCCUCGGGGCUGAGCGAGCGGGAGCGGGCGGGCUGCCGGGACCUGCUGGAGCUGCUGCAGACCGAGGAGCUGCUGGCGCUCACCGACACCGUCACCAACCGCCUGGUGCACCCGGAGAGCCGCCAAGAGGCCAUUCAUGCCAUUCUGGUGUACAGCCAAAACGUGGAAGAACUUCUGAGGCGCAGGAAAGUCUGCAGAGAAAUCAUCUUCAAGUAUUUGGCAGCUCAGGGGAUUGCAGUGCCUCCCUCCUCAGAGAAACAUCUGCUCAUCGAGAGGGUGAGGCAGCUCUGGAGUGGGCAGCUCACAGCCCGGGCCUCGGGGCCAGGACACACAAAACCUGCACAGAGUCAUGGAAAUGGACAGAAAUCACCACAAGAUGACGUUGGAGGUCUGGGAGGAGAAUUCUGCCAGUGGUACUUUGAACUCCUGAACUCUCAACAUCCUUUGGGAGUAAAAUCUGAAGAGACAUGGGGACCACAGCAUUUUUGGGAGGAUGCCACACUGAAGUUCUGUUACAACACUUUGGAAAAAAACGUGGAACAAUAUGUGGGUGCAGACAUGGUGAGCCUGCGCCUGCUGUCCUUGGUUAAAGAAGAAUGUCUCCUCUUCAACCCAAAUUUGAAUUCCAGUGGCCUGAAAUGUGCCAUGUCCCCUCAUGGAUUGGUGCUGGUGGCAGUGGCUGGCACAGUGCACAGAGACAAUGCUUGCUUGGGUGUCUUUGAGCAAAUCUUUGGGCUCAUCAGCUGCCCCAUGAGGAAUAACACCUGGAAAAUAAAACUGGUGAACCUUAAAAUAGUGGGACAGAACGCUCUGGAGCCUGGGAUGCAAAUUGAAAAACCUUCCAUAAAAUAUGAGUCAAGUCAACUGAGAGAGUUCUAUGAUGGGUAUGAACUGACUGUGUUUGAACCUCAGAAAUUCUGAGCAUUUUAUCACAGCUGGGUGAGGGGCUGGCUUGUUGCUGCCGUGCAGUUUCUCUUCUCUGAGUAAGAUUUGCUGAGUAGCAAGUGAGGUACAGGGUUUUAACACAGGUGAUGCUUGUGGGCACUUUCCAAGAGCUAACAAAUACUUCAUGGGUAUUCCUUCAGGUUUUGCACUGUCAUUAGAGUGGAGUUUGGUUACAAUUAAAUAUGGAUUUGCAGCAGUGUGUAAUGAGGGGAUCACAAACUGCAAAUUCUUUUCAGGACACCAGUUGAAACUCUUACCUGAGCUGUAGCAGGGAGUCAUUGCAUCUGGUUUUUGAAUCUGGGAAGGGUAAGUGUCUAAAGGACAUCUGAGUUCCAAGAAAACCAAUAGAAAACCUAAAAGAAAACACUGAAUGGGGGUGGAUGCCCUGUGAAUGUGCUGUGGGUGUUCUAAACAGUGAUUUAAUGGGACAGUGCAGGGAACUUGGCAUUGUUGAAGUAUUUCUUUAACUUCUUUGCAUUAAUUGCUCCCUGUCCUUUUACCUUAUGGUUGCAGUUUUAUCAUGAAUGCACACAAACUGUUCUGUCUGUGUCCCCAAGCACACAAGCUUGAGAUGUUUGCCCAUUUCUAGCACUGAGUGUCUUGGACCAAGAACUUGGUUUCAAAACUUGCAGCAACACUGUAUGAACCAAAUGCUCUGGUAGUUAUUUUGUAUAUAAUUACAACAGAGUCCUUAAUAUAAUAGUUGUGAUUUUUUUAUGCUUUCUCAAAAUAAGUAUUUUGUUUACUCUGAGCUGCUUUAUUACAGGUACUGAAAGUCCAUUUGUUACCACUGGGUGGUUACAGUGAUAGGUCACACUAAGAAAAGUAUCCAAUUACUACUUAAUAACUGAAAUUAUUGCCAGUGUAAAACUUGAUUUUUUUAAAACUCUAUUUAUUUAUAGGGGAUUAGAGCUGAAAUGAGGUGAAAACUUCUUUUUCUGCAUCUUAUUGGGAUUGUUUGGGAGUUUUGUUUGUUUUUUUCUGGCUUCACUAUUUAAAGUUCUGAAAACAUAAGCAUUCCCCAUAACUUAGCAGAACCAAAAGAACUGUUCCCAGGUUUGUCAUGGUAAAGUUUGUCUGGGUGAGAGGAAACAAGAAGGUUCAGGUAUGCACAGAACUGAUUUUUAUGAAGAGU